AUGUUUUCAUUUGCUGGUUGUCACCAGUACUCGCUGCAUGACAUCAACAACAUUAAUUUUUCACUAGUUCAAAUUUUUAAGGUCGACCACGUACGUCUAGCGAACCAGUUACGUGCAUCGGCUUGUGGCGGUGAUUUUAGCAACAAUAUGGUUGACGUUGUGCUAUAUACGGACGAGCAGCCAGAGAAGCAAUCGGCUGCACGAUUCUGCUCAAAGAGGAGGAUAUCAACAGGAAGUUGCGGUGAGAGUCCGGCGAAAAUUGUACGACAUCUACGUGAUCAGUUGGAAUGUACGAAAUAUUUUCAGGAAGAUUCAGAUCUUGGAAGGUGA